AUGACAAAGAUCAUCCGUUCAAUAUGGAUAGAUGAAAGGAUACCUGAUUCGUGGAGACACGCUAUCAUAAUUCCCCUCCACAAGGAGUUAUCCGUCACGGACCCUAGGAAUUAUCGGGGAAUCUCUUUGCUGCGUGUAAUGUGCAAGAACAUAGCGUCAGAGAAAGUUUUUGGAAAAUUUAAGAAACUUCAAUUCGGCUCUGGCGAUGCCCUUAAUGGAGAGCAAUUCGAUGCUCUGAGAAGACGAGACGUAUUUGAAUGCGGUAUACGAGCUCCUCUUAAUAUCACAGCACAAUUCUAUGCUGAUGAUGUUAAAAUUUAUUGUGUCUACAGCUCUGAAAACCGGUAUGCAAUGUGCUCCCAGUUACAAUCUACCGUAGAUAGUGUUGUCCUCUGGGCAUGCAAAUGGGGUCUCGCAAUUAAUCCUAGCAAAUGUUGCGUAUUGCAUCUUGGAAACGGCGACUCAGCAAACUAUAUCAUAAACGGGAUACUGUUAAAAAAAGUGCGAUACCACUAA